AGGCUAGCUAGUGUAUCCAAUAGGUGGCAGAGUUACAGUUGUUGUACUUAGUGACAACCAAUCACCUCUCGGUACCGGCUGAAGUAGGCGGGCUCCCGAAGGAGUCACGAGUUAGUGGAAGAAGUAUUGGCCGGCUAGGUACGUACAGCUUUGGAUCAGCGGGAUCGCUUCCGUAUUCUGCCCAUUGCCUAACCGGGUCUGUCCUUCUGCCAGUGAGUCCCGUUCCGGAGAGCUCCUAAUCUGAGUCUGCAUGUUACCCCGGGCGUGGUGAGCGUUCUCCUGUCCUCAGCCCCUGUGUGCAGAGAUGGCAAGCCGUGAUCCCAGCGAGAGGAGCCCGCUCCUGGGCGGCCGCUCUGAGCCCCCUGUCCCUCCUGGCUCCGUGUUCGCCGGUCGGGGCCUGGCCUGCGCCGCCGUGCUGCUUUCGGAGCUCUUGGAGCGGGUGGCCUUCUACGGCAUCACUUCCAACCUCGUCCUUUUCCUCAAUGGGCAGAUCUUCGGGUGGGAAGGGACCCAGGCCAGCCAGGCUCUCUUACUGUUUAUGGGGAUCACUUACCUGGUGUCGCCCUUUGCUGGCUGGCUGGCAGAUGCCCUGUUAGGGCGCUUCUUCAUCAUUCUCGGCAGCAUGGUGCUGUACCUGCUGGGCAUGCUGCUUUUCCCUAUGAUCUCCUAUUCGGGGACCCGCACUGCUUUCUGUGGGGACAUUCCGUGGGCUCGUAUAGAUAACUGUAGCAGGAGCAACACCUCUAGCAGCCCCGAUACCUGCCUGGAUCCGAGCCGGAGAUACUGCGCCCCGGCGGUCUUCCUAGGGCUCAUCAUUGUGGGGCUGGGAGUGGGCUCGGUGAAGGCCAAUAUCACACCGUUUGGAGCUGAUCAGGUGAAAGACCGAGGACCAGAAGCAACACGGAGAUUUUUCAACUGGUUCUACUGGAGUAUUAACCUGGGUGCCAUUAUAUCUCUUGGCGGAAUUGCAUAUGUCCAGCAGAAUGUAGAUUUCCUCACUGGAUACAUCAUUCCAACAGUGUGUAUCGGUGUUUCCUUUUUAGUUUUUUUAUGUGGAAAAACGGUGUUUGUUACCAAACCAGCCGAUGGCAGUGCCUUCACUGAUAUGGUCAAGAUUCUGGCCUACUCCUGCUGCGCACGGAAGCAUAGAAGAGAAAACACUAGACACGUCCAGAAUAAUCAACAAAGGCAUAAACAAAGCAGGUUGGAUUUUGCAAAGGCUUCGCGUGGUGGACCAUUUAGGGAAGAUAAAGUAGAAGAUGUCAAAUCCCUUGUAAAAAUUAUCCCAGUAUUCUUGGCACUUAUUCCAUAUUGGACUGUGUAUUUUCAGAUGCAAACUACAUAUGUACUUCAAAGUCUUCAUUUGAAAAUACCACCAAUCUUCAAUAACAAUCAUACGCUCCCAGCAGCAUGGCUCACCAUGUUUGAUGCAGUGCUCAUUCUGAUCCUCAUACCACUCAAAGAUAAGAUGGUGGAUCCCUUUUUGAAAAAGAGAGGCCUUUUGCCGUCGCCCCUUAAACGGAUUGCUGUUGGGAUGUUCUUUGUGAUGUGUUCAGUACUAGCUGCAGGUAUUUUGGAAAGUAAAAGGUUGGAGAUUGUAAAGAAUGAUAAGAUCCAACAGCAAAUUGGAGGUGUGACUUACUACGCUGCCAAUCUGGCUGUAUGGUGGCAGUUACCUCAGUACAUUCUCAUUGGAAUCAGCGAGAUAUUUGCAAGUAUUGCAGGUCUGGAAUUUGCAUACUCAGCAGCUCCAAAAUCCAUGCAGAGUGCAAUCAUGGGGUUAUUCUUUUUCUUUUCUGGAAUUGGAUCUUUUGUUGGAUCUGGACUUCUUGCCCUUGUGUCUAUUCCACAAAUUGGAUGGAUGAGCAAUCACUCUGAUCUAGGUAACAUAAAUGGGUGCACGCUGAACUAUUAUUUCUUCCUACUAGCAGCUGUUCAGGCUGCAACACUCAUACUUUUCCUUAUCAUUUCUGUGAAAUAUGAACGACAGCAGUCCAGAGCUAAUGGAAGAAUUUAACAACAUUUGUCAAGAGAAACCAUUGUGGAGCAAUUGUGUAGCUGAAGGCAUGGCUGAAGUACUGUCCAUGAUAACUGCCUGAAAAGCACCAGCUCGAUCUGAAACUUCAGUUUCAUUGCUCUGUGUGUCCUUUAAAGCCAAAGAUUUGAAGGGCUACAGACACUUUGCACUACUUUCAUUCUUCAGGACAAGCCAAUUUAAUAAACACUGAGGGUAUUUUAGGACUCCUGUUAGUAUACAUUAAACUAGGUUAGUUUGUAUAUGGCUAAUAUUUAGUAGUCACGUUUUUAUUCGGAGAUGUAAGACAAAAAGAAAAAAAAAACUCUGAUCAUUGACUUUACUUUUGAUAUCCUGUGGAAAAAAGACUUUAUUAGGUCCUUAUUAGGUUGCUGCAACAAGUGUUUUUGCGUGUGUUGCUGCGAUCAGUGGUUUUCUGGAUCCCCAUAUCUUGAGCCUGCUAAAAAACAUGAAAUAUGCCCAAUAGGAUUGUUUUGCCACCAAUAUGAAUUUUUGUGCAGCUUAGUUACCAUGAAGUACAAGGUACUGUUUUAUUACAUAGCAAAAGGAAAUCAUUUUUAAAAUGUAGAAUCUGCUUAAAAUGGACUGUAUGGGAUAUGGCCUUCCCUUAAUUUGAAGUGUUCUGAAUAAUAGGCUUCUGGAUCCUGUACCUGUACCUGCCAAAAUCCUUUAGAGAAUCCACAUGUGAUUUAGUUGACCGGGCAAAAGGCAUGUAUUGUCAUUCAGACGUGUACCAUAGGCCCAGAGGUUACUACCCAAGUUCUGAUGGUUUUAUAAUAAAGACUGAAAUUAAGGUGAGCCAAUUACAUUUCAUGUAUUUUUUCUAAUUUAGUUAAAAAAUGCAGAUUUAAAGAUUCCAGAAAUGGCACAGUUGGAUUAAAAAAAAACUCACAAUAGUCACACUAGCUGAAAAGGAGAACCAUGAAUAAUAUAGAAAUUCCCCCCAAAAUUUACAUCAGCAUUUAAAACACCGCCAGUGUUAGUCACCAGUGACACAUCACACAUUUAUCCCUAAAAAUAAAGCAUUAAGAGAUUUAAUGUAGAAGUUCUGCACAGACAAUGUUUAUUUUCUGGAAUUUUAUAUCUGCUGCAUUUAGAAUGUAAAGUGUUACGUGUGGUAUAUUAUAAUGGCUAGCGCGAAGUUUUGAAUGAACUGUUCACAUGGAUUCAGAUAUAGGAAUGUGUAUGUCUUUGUAUGCGUCGUGCCUUGCUUAACAGACCAGAGAACAGGUAACGUUACAUAUCUGUAUUCUAUUGAGUGCAGCUGCCCUGUACAAAGCAGUUUCUUGUUUUAAUGAUUACAAAUGUGGAUGAGACCUUUUGUUUAUGCAUCUUUACCCCCAAAUGCCUCUUUUCUAUAUUGAAUAUCAUUGAGUGGCCUUUUCCGUAUUUAAUGAAUGUUUGAUAAAUAAUGAUUGUUCAGAAAUGAAUAUGUCCCUACCAUCAGCAAUACUAAUAUUUAAACCUUAUACUUCCUACUGCCUAUUUUGCCAUUUAUGUGUUGAUAAAUGUGAGAAACCUCUUAGAAGCUAUUGGUCUUCUUCAUUUUGAGUCAGAGAUAAAGAAUAUGUUAUUUUCCUGGAUAUCCACUUCAUUUGCAAGGAUGAAUCUUGAACUGUAGUAUCUUGAAGUAGAGUGCUGAUAAACACUUGAAAUUAGAGUGGAUCUUUUCUCUCUAUACAGGACACAUGUCUUAUAUUGCAUUCUGCUCACAGCCAGACCUCACUACUGUAUGUUCAGGCACUUGUUACACAAUGUGCUUUGCAUUGCUUAUACUAAAGGCGUGCUGGAUUUGUUCAAUUUAAAUAGAUGGUAUUGUGGGAAAUGUUCCAUGAUGGAUAACACUAUAGCAUAACACAUUUCACAUUUUUUGGCAGUUUCUCUUAAUUUAAACCCCUUUAACUUUUAGUAUCAUUUAGAGAGUGCAAUUUUGAGAGAAUCUGUAUUUAUUCUUCAUUUUUUAAUAUUUGCACUUUUAAAAAUUCAGCAGCUCUUUAGUUUGGACUUUUACAAGCUAUCUGUUUGCUAGGAUUCAGUUUAACCUAGCAACCAGGCAGAGGUUUGAAAGAGACAUGUAUAUGAAUAGAGUGGGGGCCUAAAUUUGAAAGAUAAGUACCGGUAAUAAAAACCAACAAUGACAGUAACAUUAGUGACCCCCAUUUGAAAGGUGAAAAGAGUCAGAAUAAAAAAAUCAAUAAAAAAAAAAAAACUAAGACCACCUGAACAGUUCCUACAAAUAGGCCAUUCUGUAACACACUGAAAGUUAACUUGAAGGUGAACAACCUCUUCAAAAAGACCUGACAUGUUCUUAUUUUUGCAAAUAGGGGAAGCUCUUGUUAUUCAGUGAGUGCCUUGAGUGCAGUCCCCAGACAUCAAAUGUAGGACUUUAUACGGCUUAUCUGUGUCUUAUCUGCUGCCACUUUGGAGUAGACCAUAGCUCAAUGAGAUUAACUUGUGAUUUGUGUGUGUGUAUAUGUAUGUCAUUUUAUUACAUUGCCAAUCUUUUCUAUGGUACUAGAUCUGCUGAAGCUUUGUUUGCACAGAAUAAUGUACAGUUGCCUAAAAUGCAUAUUUUAUUGCAGGAAAUUUGUUUUGUUUUUUUUUUGCUUUUUGUAUAGUGUUGUGUUUUUUUCAUAUUGUUAUACAUUUGUUUUAAGUUUAGAAAUAAACAGUUUGUUAAAAAGGU